AAGGAAUUGAGGGUUACGUGCACCUGCCUGCCCGGGGAAACAGACCUAGCAGGGAGGAAGGUCUUGCUUAGUACCGCACGAGUUAGUGGCCCAGUUCAGUCAGGCUUUUUUCUUUCGUUCCAUAGAUAACGUACGAACGCAUGCAGUGGGGCAGCCCUAGUGCUAGGCUCUCUGAAAACUAAGGUGACUGAAGUAGCCAUGGUUACGUCCUGCCUGGAGAGGAUAGUUUACAGGGGAGUCGAACAUUAAACACCUAACCAUGCUGCUGAAAGUACAAAUUCAAAUUGUGGCAAUGGCUAUGGAAAAGAACAGAAAAAGUAAUGGUAAAGCAGCAAAGAUCUCUUUCGGCAAGGGUGUCAGAGCAGACUUCCUGAACGAGAGGACACUUGAGCUGCGGCUUGAGAAGUAUGGCAAGGGCCAGAGGAAAUAUAUGCUGGGCAGAGCGAACAGCACCUGUGGAUAUUUGAGUUGGUAAAGAACGUUCAGGAAAGGAGGCUUUCGAUGGGUCAAAUGCUGUGAUGGGCAUACAGGAUAUAAUGUUUGUGUACCGGUCAGGAGUUCACCAUCUAGUGCCACAGACAUAAGUAAAAUGCAGAGAUGAAGUUGCAAGCGUGGGGAAAGGACGUGAUCAAAAAAGCAUUUUGAAAAGAUUGCUCUGCAGGUGAAUGGCCAUGCCAUUUACUGGACUAGGGAAACGGGUAGAGGGCUUCUGGGAAAAAUAGAUGUGAUAAUGGAUCAUCAUGUUUCCACCAUCAAACCUCGAAGAAUCCAAAACCAAAAUGUCAUUCACCGCCUGGAACGCCGGCGGAUCAGUUCAGGCAAGGCAGGCACCCACUGGCACCAGGUCCGAGUGUUCCACCAGAAUGUCUUCCCCAACUUCACGGUCGUCAAUGUUGAAAAGCCCCCUUGUUUCUUGCGUAAAUUCUCACCUGAUGGACGCUACUUCAUUGCUUUCUCUUCAGACCAGACAUCUCUCGAAAUCUAUGAGUACCAGGGCUGCCAGGCAGCUGAGGACCUACUGCAGGGCUAUGAGGGGGAAAUCCUGUCCAAUGGCAAUGACCAGCGGUCAGUCAACAUCCGUGGCCGGCUCUUCGAACGCUUUUUCGUCCUGCUGCACAUUACCAAUGUGGCAGCCAAUGGCGAGCACCUGAACCGGGAGUGCAGCCUCUUCACUGAUGACUGCCGCUGUGUCAUCGUGGGCUCAGCUGCCUAUCUCCCAGACGAGCCUCACCCUCCUUUUUAUGAGGUAUAUCGGAACAGUGAGUCCGUGACCCCCAACCCCCGGUCCCCCCUGGAGGACUACUCCCUCCAUAUCAUUGACCUUCAUACUGGCCGCUUAUGUGAUACACGUACCUUCAAGUGUGACAAAGUCGUCCUGUCGCACAACCAAGGGUUGUACUUGUAUAAGAACAUCCUGGCCAUCUUGUCAGUGCAGCAGCAGACCAUCCAUGUCUUCCAGGUGACUCCUGAAGGCACUUUCAUUGAUGUGAGGACCAUUGGCCGCUUCUGCUAUGAGGAUGACCUGCUCACUGUGUCAGCUGUUUUUCCUGAGGUGCAGCGGGACAGUCAGACAGGCAUGGCCAAUCCUUUCAGGGAUCCCUUCAUCAACUCCCUGAAACACCGGCUGCUCGUGUACCUUUGGCGCCGGGCAGAGCAGGAUGGUAGUGCAAUGGCCAAGAGGCGCUUCUUCCAGUAUUUUGACCAACUGCGGCAGCUGCGCAUGUGGAAAAUGCAGCUUCUGGAUGAAAACCAUCUGUUUAUCAAGUAUACUAGUGAGGAUGUCGUAACCCUGCGGGUCACAGAUCCAUCACAGCUGAUUCUGCCUGUAACAGUUAGAGACUGUAUAAAGAAUUGUCUCCUAAGACCGUACCAGCCAUCCAUGGCAUCUUUCUUUGUGGUGUACAAUAUGGUGACAACAGAGGUGAUCGCUGUGUUUGAGAAUACAUCAGAUGAGCUUUUGGAGCUGUUUGAGAACUUCUGUGAUCUCUUCCGUAACGCUACCCUGCAUAGUGAAGUCCAGUUUCCCUGCUCAGCUUCCAGCAACAAUUUUGCACGGCAGAUCCAGCGCCGGUUUAAAGACACUAUUGUAAAUGCCAAGUAUGGAGGGCACACGGAGGCAGUACGCCGGCUGCUGGGUCAGCUCCCCAUCAGCGCCCAGUCUUACAGUGGUAGCCCCUACCUUGAUUUGUCUCUCUUCAGCUACGAUGACAAGUGGGUGUCAGUCAUGGAGCGGCCCAAGACUUGUGGAGAUCACCCUAUCAGGUUCUAUGCCCGGGACUCUGGUCUGCUCAAGUUUGAGAUUCAGGCAGGCUUACUGGGCCGUCCCAUCAACCACACGGUGCGACGCCUUGUUGCCUUCACCUUCCACCCUUUCGAGCCUUUUGCUAUCUCUGUGCAGAGGACUAACGCUGAGUAUGUUGUCAACUUCCAUAUGCGACACUGCUGCACGUAGGUGCCUCACCAGAGUGGGUCAUCCGGUCUUCCAAGACUCUGCCUCCUUCAUAUCUCAGUGGACUGUAAAGCAGAAGCUCCUGACUCUCAGCCUUGUCGGUUCCAGACUGUAUACCUCAGAUGGGGAGAGCCAGGUGGCUCAGCCUGACGGAAUUUUUUUGUCAUACACAGUACAACUACCGAUCGACUUAAAGUCCUCUUACCUUUUCCCUGUGGGAAUGCCCAGCAUUAAUUAAGUCCGUUUAAGUUUUUUUUAUUUUGCAUUUUAUUGCUAUGAAGAUGAGAGCAUUACACCUCUGCCUCCUUCAUGUCACUUCUUUGGCAUUAUGGUAUGCAGCCUGAAGCAGGUAAAUCUUGUUUACUCAUGAGAAGUAUGUACAUCUUUCCACUUAGCCAAUAGCAGGGCUGUCUUUAUAAGAAAAAAAAAAAUAAAGCCUUGGUAUUUUCUUACUUAAAUAUAUCCUGUUUAAUGACUGCCUUAUGUUCUGAUCUCACCAAAUGUUUUUCAAAUACAUGAGUUCCAGGAAGGACUGUGAAAGGGACUAGAGGCCAUAGAUCCAGCAGCUGCUCUUGGGAGGACUAAGUGAUGUGUGCUAGCGUGGAAGACAGCUAUCUGCCGGGAUUGUUUCCUUCCCUCGGGUGUUCUCCUGGUAAUUGUUACAGCUGGAGGAACUGGGCAUAAUUGCACAUCCUCGUGUGGAAGCAUGCUCCCAUCUGCACCAUCUGCGUUGUGCAGGUGGAAGAGUGAGCGGUUCUCACUGCCACAGCAGAAACAAACACUGUGCAGCACUUACUGUAAUUUGGGUAGUGGGAGCUGGCAAGCUCCAGGUGUCCCUAAAGAGAUCAGACAGGUUGUUCCUGGAUGGCUGAGCCAUCACUGCUCUCCUACAAACACCUGCCAGCCACCAGUCAGCAUCCUUCUGUCACUUUCUCAGCCUCCUCCACAGGGCUUGUCAGGAUGUUUAUGUUUCAUCUUCAUACUGUGCCCACCAUUUAUGUAGUAAGCUUGUUUAGUAGCCUUUGACUUUGAAGGUAGCUUUCAGAGCAGGCUGGGAAAGGAGCCGUGGAUGCAGACAGCUGGAUCCUAUAUCCCUCUACCGUCUAGGUCCUGACUUCCCUUGGGAACAUAAUAAAUGUGAUAUGAGAUGCUGAGCCCCACCAAAACCAGUUCAGCUUAUUUCAUAAUCUUCAACUUCGAACAGCUAAAUUAAUUCUCAUUCAGCAUUCAACAUAAGAUUUGAGCACCUACUGUGUGUCAGGUAGAUGCUGUGCCAAGAUGUUGAGGGUGAGGAGAGAAAUAGGCAAAUAGAAUUAUAAUGCAAAAUGGUAAAAGCCGCAUUAGUGUAUAUCUGGGAACAGUGGAGGGGGCUGAAGGAGAGGCAGAGAAGGAAGGCUAUACUGGGGAAGGGACACUGAAACUGGGUAAAUGGGAAUCUGUCAUGUGAACCAGGGCAGAGGACAUUUCAGGGAGAGAUCCAGCAUGUGCAAUGGCAUGGAAGCAUCAGUAGGGCUGUCACGGUUGUGAAACGGUGAAUAAUCUAAUGGCUACAGCACAAGAUGUGUGGGGGGCCUAGGGCAACAGGACUGAGUCACUAAGAGGAACCUUGUGCAUGGUGCUAGGGUGUUAUGCAAUGGAAGGCGUAGUAUGAAUUUCACAAAGAUAGUUUUCAGCGGUCUGGAAGGUGGCUUGGAGGGAGUAGAGAUAGGCCAGACAAGUCAGUGGUAAUCCAAAGGGAGAGCUUGAACACUAUCACUGGCCAUCUGGAUGGAUGAAAUACUGAAGCAUUCUCCCAGAUUCUGUGUGUAGGUCAUGAGGAAAUCAGGGUCCCAAAGCUGUCACAUGUUUGUGGAGCUGAGUGAACCUUUCUUGGUAGAAGCCCUUUACCUGUAGCUUUUUCUUUAUACCAGGUUGCGUGAUUGUACCUGAAGACUUGGCAGAGCAGAAAGAGCACAGAGUGUAGAGUUACUCGGGCCUCACUGUGAAUCCUGGCUCUUCUGCUCAUUAGCUGUGUGACCAGUGGGCCAAUUUCCUAGCCUUUCUGAGGCUUAAUUUACACUUCCCUCCACCUUAGUCAUGCAUUCCCUUGGUCAUAUCUUAGAUCUUUUCAUCACCUCUAACUGCUGAGCCAUCCUCAUAUACUUUUCUUGUCUAAUUUCCCACUCCCUGAAAUUGCUGUUUUCAUUUCUUCGUUUCACGUCUUCAUUUCUCUUUAAAGCCCCUCCUUUGAUUUCUCACUGAUCACCUUGCCACCUACUUCAUGGCAGAAAUAGAAACGAUCAAGUGGGGUUUCCUUAUCUUUCCUUUACCAUGUCAACCAUGUGACUUGCCCCUAUGCCCAUUCUCUGCCUUUCCUCCUGAAUGAAAUAGCCCUGCUACUAUAAAAGGCCAACCCCUCCACCUCUUCACUGAAUCCUGUCUCCUUUUGACUUCUCAAGGUCUUUGCUCUUGCAAUUAUUUUCUCUCUCCUCCAUCUUUCUCUUGUUAGGUCAUUCCCAUUAACAUAAAGAUAUGUUCGAGGAUGUUUCUUCUUUAAAAACUCCUGCUUUGGCCCCAUUUCCCCCUUUAGUUACUGCUCAUUUCUCUGGGACCUUCACAGAAAAACUUCUCAGAAGAGUUGUACAUGUUUUCACUUCCCCACUUUUUUCCUCAACCCACGCCGAUAGAUUUCUGUCCCCAUUACUCCACUGAAGCUGCCCUUGUCUGAGUCACCAGUGAUUCCAUGUUGCUAAUACAGUGCUCACCUCUUGUCCCUCUCUUAGGAAGCCUCCUGACAUUAGGCAUAAUUGAUUUCUCUGUAUAUCAAGAAACACUUGGUUUCUAGGAUAGUACGUAUUUUUGGUUUUCUUCCUGUCUUACUAAUUGUUGCUUCUUUUUUUGUUUUUUAAAUUUUAAUUUAUUUUUGGUUGCAUUGAGUCUUUGUUGCUAUGCGUGGGCUUUCUCUAGUUGCGGUGAGCAGGGGCUACUCUUUGUUGUAGUGUGGCAGGUUUCUCACUGCGGCGGUUUCUCUCGUUGCAGAGCACGGGCUCUAGGCACGCGGGCUUCAGUAGUUGUGGCUUGCGGGCUCAGUAGUUGUGGUGCACGGGCUUAGUUGCUCUGUGGCAUGUGGGAUCUUCCCGGACCAGGGCUCGAACCCGUGUCCCUUGCACUGGCAGGUGGAUUCUUAACCUCUGCGCCACCAGGGAAGUCCUUAAUUGUUGCUUCUUGGUCCUGCUUGCAGGCUGCUUCUCUGCUCUAUCUUUAGAUGUUGCAAUGCCCAGCCCUUGGCUUUGGAUCCUCACCUCUUUUUCUCUAUAUAUUCUUUCUUAAGUUGAUUUCAUCCAUUCCAUGGUUUUAAAUUCUAGGUAUAAGCUGAUGAUUCUCAAAAUGAUAAUUCUGGCCCUGACCCCUUCCUUGAACACCAAAUUCAUAUAUCCCAUGGUUUAUGUGGCCUCUUCAUUUGGAGAUCUAACAGGCAUUUCAGAACUAGCAUAUUCAGAGCAAUGCUCUUGAUUCUCACCUCCACCUCCAACCUGUUUUUCCUCCAAGAUUUCCCAAAUGACUUCAGUGUCUACCCAUUUACUAGAGGCAAAAACUUAGGAAUUAUUCUCAGUUUUUCUUUUUUCCAUCCCCCACAUAUAUGACUUCACUCUAGGGGUGUGCCCUGAGCAGUCUAAACCAAUCAUGGUAGUCCCAUACUCCUUGCUAGUGACUAGAACUAGACUAAGACCAGUCAGCAUAAGGGGUUAGUUUAGGAAUAUCAUGUGACUUAGUUCAGGUCAAUGAUACCAUGAGAUAAAGGUUUCUGGGGCUUCUGGGGAAACAUUUCUCUUUAGAAUAUGUUAGUGAGGAAACACGUAGCCCAUAUUCUCACCAUGCAACACCCUAUGAUCAUAUUCAGUAAGAAUCAGCCUUAGGAUGAAGCUGGCCUUCUGGGUGGGAAAAGGAAGAGGAAAGAACCGGAAUCAUAGAUGACACAGUUGGCUGAUUCAGACCCAACCCUGAAACCCACCCUACAUCUGGAUUUCCAGUUCGGUGAGGCAGUAAAUUUCCUUACUAUUUAGGCCACUUUGAAUUAGAUUUUCUGUUUCUUGCAGUUGAAAGCAAAUUAAUAGAUGCAAAGAGAAAGGCAGGUCGCCUGUGGAAAGAGUCAUGAAAUUCCUGCUGUCUCGGGACCUUCCUAGAUUCAGUUCCAGUGUCCGUGAGGCCCAAUUAUGAUUCCUAGUCUUGGAUUUCUGUAAGAUUUCUGGCUCUCCUGUGCAGGCAUCCCUGAGCUGGCCUGGCUGUUUCUUGUACCUAAAAGGAUUAUAGUUAAAAUGGGAGGUAAAGCACUCAGCCCACUGAGUACUUGACCCAUAAUUAGUUCUCAACCCCUAUGUGUUUACAUUAACUUUGUUUCUAAAGGAUUUAAAGCUGCUUUAAGUAAAUCCUAGUGUCUUCUCUCCACAAAUGUUCAAACAAUAAAUCUCGAGAAUCUUUGGAGAAACAAGUUCUUUGAAACCAAAAUGUUGAAGAAAAGCAGAGACUUCAGGGGAUAUACCUUUCAGAUUAAAUACCUCUGUCCUCUCAGCCCUACUCGGCAGGGAGCUGGCAUGUCAACAGUCAGUUUGAAGCUGCUCUGGACCUUUGAGAGAAAACGUCCAUUUAAAUUUAGCAGAACCUCUUUCAUUUAGAGUCCUUACAGAGAAGCACAUAUAUCAGUGAAAAGCCUAAAUUAGAUAAUUUUUAAAAGAACGGUAGCUUCAUUAUUUUCAAGUACACAGAGUAACUCCAUGUCAGCCAUGAAGUGUUCCUUUGUAGAAGCCCUUAGGGACUUUUCUUAAUGAGUAGAUUAUAAUUAUUGGUAAUCAGCAUAAUGGUUCUCUGCAGUGUGUGCUUCCAAAGCAAUGGAGCGUAUUAAGUGGUUUUGAUGUUCUGGGGGUAAUUUUGUUUACAACAUUAAUCUGCUCAGUGUAUACCCUUUAUAGCUAUAACCCUCUGUUGUUUAAAAAAAAAAAAUUCUGAAGGCUCUCUCCAUCGUACAGCAUUUGAUUAUCAGAGGCAGAAACAAUGUAGGAAGCAGAGAGAUGCAUAGUAGGACUCAGAUUCUUUUUUUAAGAUUUUUUUGAUGUGGACCAUUUUUAGUCUUUAUUGAAUUUGUUACAAUAUUGCCUCUGUUUUAUGUUUUGGUUUUUUGGCCACGGGGCAUGUGGGAAUCUUAGUUCCCAGACCAGGGAUCGAACCUGCACCCCCUGCGUUGGAAGGUGAAGUCUUAACCACUAGACCGCCAGAGCACAGGCUCCGGAUGCGCAGGCCCAGUGGCCAUGGCUCAUGGGCCUAGCCACUCCGCGGCGUGUGGGAUCCUCCCGGACCAGGGCACGAACCCAUGUCCCCUACAUCGGCAGGCGGAUUCUCAACUACUGCGCCACCAGGGAAGCCCUGUUGUUGUUUUUGAUCGUUCGCAUUUAGUAAGGGCUUACCAUGGACCAGAAGCUCUGCUAAGCACCUUACAUGGGAAGGUAUUUACCUCACUGCAUCAGUUCUGGGAUGCAUUUUUCAAAAUAGGAGUGUAUCUAAUUGGCAUCUUGUGAGUGUCAGCCAGGCAGCAGUUGUGACGUCACUGCUGUCACCACCUGUGCAUGUGCACGUUGAGCAUGCUCUUCAUAUUGUCAUCACUUCUGUCAAGUAAUACGCAUUAUUGAUGCCACAUAUGUUAAAUGUAUGUGCUGUGUAAGAUGUCUUCCAAAAGAAUGCACUGUGAUUUGAUAUUACAAUGAAAGGUUAUUUUGUACUCAGAAAGGUACAGAAGCAAAGCAGUGCGGUUCGGUGUUAGUGAAGCAAAGGUUUGCCAUUGGAGGAAUGAACGUGAGACUGUAUUUUUUGCAAAGCAGCAACUAAGUGCUGCUUAGAACUAAAGAAAGAAAGAUCCACACUAGUAAUUGAAAUUUUACUGACAUGCUGAGAUUGGUGUGAAAGGUUUGCCUAUCAAACACCAAGCAAGGUAAAUGAAUGAAGGGGAAACUGUUCCAUCCUUUGGAAUAAAUGGAAGAAUUUCUUAAUGUAGUGAGAGGUCUACUGUGACCAUUUCAUGCAGAUCACAGGACUAAUCAUUAAGGUGUGAACCAAUUUGUCAGAAACUUCAUGCUGACUUUGAGCAGAAGCUGAUUUGCUUCUAGGGAUAUGUGAUUCAAUAUAGGAAGAAAAUGAAAUUAGACAUGAGGUCAAAUAGGAAGCGCUGAUGAAGCUAGGUAUUCUUCAUCAUGGCUUGGAUGCCUCCAAUCUAAAAAAGGUCUAAAAUGCUCUUUGAAUAGGUAUACAUUUUAAGAGAAUCGAGAUUUGUUUUAAUCAGUUAUGGUAAGACACACAGACAUGGAGAUGACUGUCAUGAGGGAAGUUUGUUAUACUCAGAAGUCACUAGAAAUAGGAAGCAUGGCAUAGGGAAGCACCCGGGUCAAUCAGGAGUCAGAGAGAGUGAGGGGAAAAUGUGUGCAAGAGCCUCUAGGGUGGUUUUUACGAGAAGGAACAGGCGAGUCAGAGUGAAUAGGCUUGGGAUUGGCUAAUCUGAAUAAUUUUGGUGGGCUCUGGGACAAAGGGCUGUCACUAGUUGUCUCAUAUCAGGCCCUGGGUGAUUAGGGCAGCUGGAUAAUGCCAUAAAGGAGCUGGUUAGGUACUGACUCUGGAUUGGUGUGUAAUGAAAGGCACACUCCCAGAAAGGUUGUUUGCUAACCCUAGGAAUUAGCUAACCCUGGGAGGGGCAUUCCCUACAGGGUCAGCAAGGCCCCAAGAUGUCAAAACAUCAGAAAAUAAAAGGCAUGGUUCAUACUGUACAAAAUAGUAAUUGCAAGUAAUAAAAAACAUUGCCAUGGUUGAAUUAUCUGGGUUCUUUUUGUUAGUGAUACAUUGUGGUAACCAGCCUCCAAGAUGGCCCACAGUUAUCUCAUCUCCUAGAUUCAUGCUCGUGUGUAGUCCCCUCCCAACAUUGUAUUUGGAUUGGUCUGUGUGAGCAGUAAACAGCAGAAGUGGUGGUGUGUCACUUUCAAGGCUCUGUUAUAAAAGACAUUUCAAGGCUUGGCUUUUGCAUCUACCUUGCCCCUCUUGAAUCACUCGCUCUGGGGGAACCAGCUGCCAUAUCAUGAGGACACGCAUAUAACCUCCUGGAGAGGCCCACUUGGCAAGGAAAUGAGGCUCCUUCCUCACUCAAAAUGUGCGUGUGACUUUUUAGAAGCAGAUCCUCCAACCCCAGUCAAGCCUACAGGUGACUGCAGCCUCAUGAAAAACCCUGGUUGGCUUAUUUCAUUCAUUUAUUAAACACUUAUGGAGGACCUACUAAAUGCCAGGAACUAGGAAUAUAAGAUUGUGUAAGUCAUAGUUCCAAUCUUUGAGUUUCUAGUCUGGUAAUGUCUUCAGAUACCGAUCUCCUUCUCUUUGAAAGAAAGAGGUGUCUUGCCCUCUCCCCGGCUCACCCAUCCCACCAUCAGUAAAGUGACCAGGUAACCAGUCUUUGAGUGUGUGGAGUUAGGAUGGAAAAACUGAGUGGUGGACUGCUUUUUUGUGGGAGUCCACUGUUUCUCCUUGUUUCAUUAACUCUCUGAUGAUGAAGUUCUGUCCCCUGCAGGCAGCAUUACAGUGCCCCAGGAGAGCUGUUUGAAACUGCCGCCUGGCAGUAAGUAGUACACAGUAACUCUAAUAGCAGAAGCGGGUUUCCUGGCUGGUCCCAUUCGGCUUCCUGAGACUGGAGAUUGCCUGGUCUUCAACUACCCUUUCUUUUCCAAGCUUAGUACUUAACUCUCCAAGAUUAGAAGAAGAGGCUGUCUCUUAUCCUUAGUAAAUUGUUGAGAGAAUAGAGAGGGGUCUAUAUUUCUACUAAAAGAAAAGGAAAAAAAAGGAUGGAAGGAUGGAAAUAUUCUGAACAGAGGAACAAAGAAGUAAAGGGUAAUUUUCAGGCUUCCCUCAACAGCUUUUGUUGGGCGUUAUGAGGUUUGAAAUAUGUCCUUAUGGAGGAAUGUGUUACUCAAAAUAAAUUGCUUCUAGAUUGUUUUUCCAAGUCAAUUUUUAAACUUUAAAUGUCAUUCUAUUUAUGUUUUUUUAAAAAUAAAGUUUAUCUGAAAAGUG